CUUCGUUCAAGAACACCAUAUUCCCAUUCUUUGAUUAUUUCAGUCAUUUAGAUUUUUAGCCCCAACCACACCAGUCAAACCGCAUCUAGAUUUUCCAUCUCGGAUUACAUAUUAUUGAUCUUUUAACAUACCAUGCAUUUCUCAAGCGCCAUGAAAUCCCUAGUGGUCCUCUUGAUCCAAUCUGAAGUGGUCUUUGGAAUCCAGAUUUUUAGAUGUGAGGGCGAUAAGCCCGUAGCUUUAUGUCGCCGGGCUACCUCGCUUGACGGUAACCAUAACGCCCAGAAUUACGCUUUGAUGAGAGCCAUGCAAGCCGGCCCGACAGCCACAUGCGAACAAUUCACAAUCCAAAAUUUCCCAGUAGACAACGGCUCAUGCUGCCCGCGUGAUUUCGGCGUGUCGCCCAACUAUGGCGAUGACACUUUUGUCUCAAUCGCAGCCGGUGAUUACGACAACGCGUGCACAACACCUGCCACAUUUGUACCUUGAGAAUUUCACCGAUUCUUUCUUUCGAAGUCUUUGAUUUUGAAACAAGAUGGACAUAUUAUUUACUACCGCAUCAACACUGGACACUAUAUAGACUUGAACUUGUCUAAAUUACUUGAACCCUGUCGGACCCCCGAAGUAACACUGGACACUAUAUCGACUUGAACUUGUCUGAAUUACUUAAACCAUGCCAGCGUGCUUGGACUAAACAAACUACAAUUCCUGUCAAUUGAAAAUAAACGAAUAUGAACAGAUCAAGUCUGCAUUUUGUGUUCAUGAACAGUACUUGGAUACAUAUCGCAGGUUUUGGUUAAUCCAGG